GCUGUGGAGAAACAGUUAUGAAGAUGUGUCGAUCUACUCACCUAAUUAAUGAGACGCAUGCUGCAAAUUAACCAAGAGUCCUCUGAUCGAGCCGGAAGACAUUUCUGGAAGGUGAGCCGAGGGCUGUGGAAGGAGAAGAAGAGGAAGAAGAGGAUUGUGAACCGUCUUGGGACAGGGACACUGGAGAUUUUUGGGGAUCUUCAGUGACACUGUGGCAGGCAUGAAAACCCAAGAGCACCGUUCCAGCCCUCUGAAAUCUCACACACAGAGUGAUGCACGGACCCACUCCCAAAUGAAGGGUCUCCAGUUUCGCAGCAUUGCCCCCAAAGCCCCAGCAGUGGUUCCAUCAUCUGCUGUUUUGUCCUGCCAACCACCCUCAGCCCUUCCAGAAGCAUCCACGGCUGUCAGCCCCAAAUCCAUCUUGGUCCCUGCCCAGAACUACGCACUCAUGCAGGUGGCUGGACAAGAGGGGACCUUCUCAUUGGUGGCCUUACCACAGACACAACAGCAACAGCCAAUCCAGAAGAACCUUAAGCUGCCUAUUCCUAGGUACCAACCGGUGAGAAGCAAAAGCGCUCCAGAAAAAUGCGGUAACAAGAUUCAGAGUCCAACCAAGGUUUCUGCAACCCCACACACUCAAUCAUCUGUUUUGAAAACAGAGCAGAGUUCAGAGCCACUGUCUGAGCAGCUAGUUUUGACUGACACUCCUGCUUCAUCUGAUAUUAGCAUUGCACCCUUGCUGCCAGCUUCACACGUUGAUCAAAAAGUGGAACAAAAGAGCGAUGUUGGCCCACUCAAAAACCAGCCUUACCCUUCAGGAACCUCCCUUGUUGCUUCUGUCAAGAAAAUCUCACCAGUUAAAGCACAGUUAGAGUGUCCAGCCUCUGCUGGCAGUGCCAUCACAGUCCUCUCUCCCACUAUCUUUAGCAAAGCUGUUCAGAUCAUUCCAUCUCCACCCAAGGGCAAGCUGCCCAUCUUACCCUAUGCCAAGGUGAAGAACUCCCUUCUGGCACCAACCAGCCUUGCCAGCACCCCAUUCUCAGACAAGCAGACUGUAAGUAGGGCCAAAAGCAGCCCGAAACGUCCUACUGAAAACAAAGUCAAGUUCAUAGAUAAUAAAGUUAAAACCGAAAGCCUUAGCCAAGACCUCAAUAACACCCAGUUCAAGAAACCUCCAGGCAAAAAACCAGGGAGGAAGAGAAAGACCAUGGAGGACAUUUUAGCCUUCGAGGCCAGAAAGAAAAGAUCCUUGUCGUUUUUCAGGAGGAGGGUACCUGAGAAACCUCCACCUGGUGUUCAGAAUUCUGCCUCUCAGCAAAAGUUGCUUGACAUAUCCAAAAAGUAUCGAAGUAUUCGUCCCAAACCUGUUCUAGUAAUGGAAACAACUAUUCCACAGCUUGUACCCCUUCCUUCAAUGUCCACAUCAGAUAACCCUGAUCAGGAUCUAUUAAUAGGACAGCAGAUAUCAGGGAAAACACUGAGCGCACCACAGGCUUCACAAGCUACUGAUCGGCAGCCUGUGGUCGAUUGUAAAGUUAACAGUGGAGUAAUUUACACAUCAAGUCGUCCCCUGCACCGAUGUCCUACCUGCAACAGGUGUUUCCAGUUCAAACAUCACUUGCAGAGCCACAUGAACAGCCACAGUAACCUCCGGCCUUAUGUCUGCCCAGUGUGCAGGAAGGCCUACGCUCACUCGGGCAGUCUCAGCACUCAUAUGAAACUCCACCAUGCAGAAAGCAAACCCCGGAAGAGCCUUUGCUGUGAAUUCUGCGAGAAAUCUUUUGGCUAUGUUGGUGUCUACUUCAGCCACUUGAGAGAGGUGCACCGGGUAAUACUUACCGUUGAGCCGUCCAUCAGUCAACAUGAAGAAAGCAUUUCAGUUGAAGAGUCUUCAGAAGUUGACGAACAUGCCUCAGAACAGCGCGUUGACCCAGUCGAGCUGCAAAUUAAGUGUGGGCGCUGCCAGGCCAUCACACCUACCUUUGCUGACAUGAAGCUGCAUUUGUUGUACGUCCAUGGAGAGGAGGUCCAGGUGCGACUGAGAGAUGGGGCCAUGCACGGGGGCCGGGAAGCUGAGGAUGAACUGGUCAAACAUGCAGCACAUUACUGGAGGCAGCUCAAUGAGAAACGCAAUCUUGUACACUGCGGCACCUGCAACGAGGAGUUCUUCUCCUUUUCCAAGUUUAAACACCACCUCCAUUCUAACCAUCAAGAGAGUCCAGAAGAGGAGGAGGAGGAAGAGAAAGAAGAAAAGAUGGUGAUAGGUAAGGGUCUGAGUAAAGGUAUGUCCCUGAGGGUGGGAUCUCACUUUAACUGCAUUCUUUGCAGUAAGGUGUUUAAUAAGAAACAAGAAGUUAUCGAGCAUUGGAGCGCACAGCACAAUUGUGAAAAUCCAACCCUUCUUUGGGAUGUCCUGGACUUUAAAGGGGAGAACUUGCCUACUGAUGAGCCAAAUUAACUGUAAAUUGGGUAAUUUAUUAUUUGCUCCACUUGGCGACUAUGUGGUUUGUGCAGGAUGUGGUGACAUUGAUGCAAAAAAAAAAUCACUACUAGAUUUAUUUUUAAGUUGUUGAUGUUUUGUAAUGCUCAAAAAUGUAAAGCUUGAAUUUCAUGCUGUUUAUUUGUUUCAUGUUUGUAGAUUUUUUUUCUUUAACGUUUUGAUGUGUUAUGCAUUACAACUUUAUAUAUUCAUAAAAUAUUCAUCUCAGACCUCAAAUUCAGUCCAUAGCACAGGUGCAGAUGUAAUAUAACUGCCCGUGAGGAUGAUAAUCAUGUUAUUUUGUGGAGAUGUAGUGUGUUAGUGUCUGCUUCAGUUGAGUGAAUCAGGUGAAACAGACUAACAAACGCUCAUCAAAAACACAUUGCCACUCGGCCAGAUUGACAAUUUUCAAUAGACUGGAUACAAACGGGGCAUGAUUAGCAUGCUUGAAAUGACGUGUCAGAGAACUUUCUAAGUAACACCAAUAAUCAGUGACGUUCCACAAACACAUAUAGAUAAACACAUAGUUUCAAAAAUAAAUAUUUCCUCUGCUGAGAGUCACUUUUCAGGUCCAAAAAUAAGGACUUAAAAUAUCCCUUAGAAAACAACUCCAUUUGGUCAAUCUUUAUCUGUUAGAUUCAGUAUGAACGUGUGUAUGGUUGUGUCAUAAAUAUUGUGUGUUGUGUUUUUGGAUGGAAAUGCUAUAUAUUUAAACUAUUUUUCCAUGGUGAAAUGUGUGGUGAUUUAUAUUAUUGGUCUGUUCAAGCACGUGUUUCUGUUCAUUAAAAAGGGUAAAAGAAUGUUUUUAAAAACUACCUAUUGUUAUA